GUGGUGGUGGUAGUAGUAGCAGUGGUGUUCUUGCAGAGAAUUGGCAUCACUGCCAACACCAACAACAACAGCAACAACAUAAACAGCGACACAAACAGCAGCUGCAUACCUCACGCUCCUUUACGCAAGGGACCUCAAGUAAACUUUCGAAUAUGUUUGCACGCCGACGGAAAUCGCUGCAUUCAUCGACGCCUUCCUCCUCUGUAAUAGCAGGAACAGCACCUGCAACGCCCACCGUGACCAGCCUGACGAGCGCUAGCAUAGGAUCAUCCUCCUCUCCUAUCAGCAACAACAAUUGUGACGAAGCCAAAGGCAUUGUAUCUGCCAUUAUUGCAGCUGCAUCGUCAGAAGAGUUGGGCUGGGUGGGUGUUGAGGACAAGAGCAACGACUAUGGUGAUGAUGUGUAUGGCGAUCAACAGCAGCAACAAGAGCCACCGUCACCACCUCCUGCACCACCGAUUGAAAACGAUCCACAUGUAUUUGACUUACUGGAGCGCAAUUCAACCCGCUUUAUCUAUUACGGCAAACGGGAUGAUCCCCAGCUGACGUCUGCGACUAUUGAGAAACUUGUCGAAAAACUUACCAAAGAAAUGGACUCGGAAUUCCUGAUGGAUUUCUUCUUGACGUAUCGCCAAUUUGUAUCUCAAAUCCGGUUGUGUAAAUUGCUUAUUUUGCGGUUUCGAUGGGCAUUGAUGGAGGAUACGGAUGAACGACGACUCGUACGAAUCAGAACGUUUGUAGUGAUCCGUCACUGGCUGACACAUUACUGGGCUCAUGAUUUCGUGCCAUCACGCACGCUUCGGUUUAUGCUCUGCACAUUCUUAUCCCAGCUCCGCACGCAUCCCAUCAUUCUCUCUUCGCCACGCGAUGCCCGUAUCAUCAAAAGCCUGCGCAAUGUGCUAAAGCGCCAACGCAAACUGCACAGCAUGAAGGAGGAUGAAGACGGAUCGAUCCGCUCCUCUGUCGAUACUUUUUCAUCCUCAGCAACAUCGACAGCAGCAAUGAAUUAUCAGCAACAACAGCGCUGGUAUUACAACAACAGUAGCUAUGGAACCAGCAGUACAACAGCUACAUCUCGUACCAGUACGUCGCACCACUACAUGACCGCAUCCUUGCCUACUACUGCUGGCAGAAGUCGAGGCUCGCGCAAGGACAGUGCAAUUGGCAUGACAACACCAUCACCAUCACAACAACUCAAAGAGCUCAAACCAUCUAUAUCUACACCGACCUUUUUCUCACGAUCUAGACGAGUGUCCAAUAACUCGAAUACCUCCUCCUCCUCCUCCUCCUACGCUCAUCACAACCAUUUCUACUAUCACCACCAUUAUUACCGUAGUACAGCUCCAUCUUGGACAGCCAAGGUCAAUUUUAGUAUUCGAAGUAUCAAACGAUCGGUACCGACCGUCUGUCAAUCUUUAUGGCAUACUGUCCAUAAUCCUACUAGCAGCAGCAGCAGCAACAGCACCUCGGCUUCACACCAUUAUCAGGAUCCUAAAGAAGGAUGCACCUGUCCAACAGCAGCACUAGAAGGUAAAGGUGAGCGAAAACGAACCACCUCCUUGAUCCGAUCGGCGAGUCGCAUAUUCGAACAAUCCUACCCCCGCACAUCCAUGUCUACUCCCGUUGGUACAACCACAUCAACGACGACAGAUCCAAAACAUCCCAACCCAUUAUGUCCAUUACACACUAUUCCCAUGACACCCACACCUUCACAGCGUGGUGAUGGUGGCUCUUUACGAAAUAGUAGUCGACUGAACAACAGGUGCCAGCAACAUUAUCAUCAACCUAGUAUUGUUGAUCCACACAUUGUCGAUUACAAACCCUUUGUGCUCCAGUAUAGAUCCGAAAUCAUUGCCCAGCAGUUUUAUAUUAUCGAGCAACAGAUGCUUCAGAAUGUGACGUGGGAUGAAUUGGCAGAAUUGCGAUGGAGAAACAACAGUACGAGGAGAAACUCGACAACGAUCGACGUCGUGGCGGAACAAGGCGAGUUGGGAGGUGGAGGCAUUGAGCAAUUAAUAAAUUAUUUCAACAAGACAUGCCAAUGGGUUACUUCCGAGAUUGUACAGAGUCGAUCCUUGGAUACACGAGUUCGUGCCAUUGAAAAGUAUAUCCGCAUUGCCCUGAAAUGCUAUCGCCACCGCAACUACAGUACAUUAAUGCAAAUUCUUUUGGGCCUCCAAUCACCAGCCGUAUCAAGACUCGAAAAAACCUGGCAACGGAUCGCCCAUUAUGAAUCCGAGAUAUUCAACGAACUCAAAGAAAUGGCCAAACCGUUCCGAAACUGGAAAAACGUGCGAAUGGCCAUGAACAAGGCAAUCGAGAAUAUCGCAGAAUCUUCUGCUGUUGAAAGUAUUUUGACAUCGAGUCAUUUUAUUGCUGCUGUCGAGGGUCGUCAACAUCAAAGCAGCACUUGUGGUAAAAGGAAUAGUAGUAGUAAUAACGGUGGUGGCUAUCGUCGUGCCACUACAGCUGCUGUGCCGGGUUGUAUCCCAUUCCUUGGACUUUAUCUAUCUGACUUGGUAUUCAAUGCCGAGCUGCCGACAUUUAUUGCUGCUGCUACAAGCCCAUCCUCUCCUUGUUGUCCAACAAGUAAAGGAGAUGGUAUCAUUCAAGAAGAGGAAGAAAGUGAUGAUGCAGAGCUGCGCUCGCGUCUAAGUACUCAUUUGGUGAAUUAUAACAAGUUUCGAAUUACAGCAUCUGUGAUAAAACAUGUGUUGGCCUUCCAGGUGUUAUCCAGGACAUACGACUUUGGUUACUGUUCAGAACUCUUUGCGCGAUUAGAAAAUCUGCGGUUUUUGGACAAUGCCGAAAUCCGAAAAGCAAGUCUUCUAUGCGAAGAGUGAUAGCUCAAGAAUGCUUGCUACCACAUCUAUUCCACAUCCCUUAAACCCAUCCCUGCAUUUAUUUUACACAGCAUUCACACAUUAUCAUUCCUCACCAAUCAUACUUUACUAUCUAUUUCAAUCCUAUACACACGCACAUUACAAAAAAAAAAAAAGACA